AUGGUCCAGUUCGUGACCCCCACGGAGAAGCCCAGCGACCUCACGGCGAAGAACCUCGAGAUCAUGAACGUGGAGAAGGGGGACCGGCCGGACCUCGGGCCGAAGAGCCCGACGGCGGCGUCGGACGUCAGCGCCGCCCAGGAGGCGGCGAAGCAGAUGAAGCACACGGAGGCCGGCUCCUGGACCAUCGCGCCGGACAAGAACAAGCACGUCCAGAACUGGGACGUCGUGCUCUGCUUCGCGCUCGUCUACACGGCCGUCGUCACGCCCGCGGAGGUCGGCUUCGUGACGGACGAGGACAAGGUCAACGACUACAUGGCGCUCUUCGGCGUGAACAUGUUCGUCAACGCCAUCUUCCUCUGCGACGUCGCCCUCCAGUUCUUCCUCCACUACCAGCUGCCCAAGGAGAAGGGUUUGACGUGGGUCCGGAACCACAAGCGCAUCGUCGCGCACUACCUCAAGGGCUACUUCUGCCUCGACUUCUUCUCGUCCAUCCCCUUUGGCGCCCUAGGCAUGAUGUUCCCCGCGAUGGGGGACCUGGCGGCGGCGCGGCUCCUGCGGCUGCUCCGCCUCGCGAAGCUCCUGCGGAUCAUGCGGUCGUCGCGGCUCAUCAACCGCUACCGCGCGGACAUGAGCGUGUCCUACGGCAUCAUCCAGCUCUGGGGGUUCGUCAUCCUCGCGGUCAUCGCCUGCCACUGGAUGGCCUGCCUCUGGGGCUACACGGCGAACGCGUCGAGCUCCGGCUUUGGCAACUCGUGGAUGACGGCGUUCGUGCGCGGCGACGGUUUGGACGACGACAACCCGCUGCCCAAGUGGAACAUCAAAAACCCGAAGCACCAGUACGUCAUCUCGCUCUACUUCGCGAUCAUGACGCUGACGACCGUGGGCUACGGCGACGUGCUCGCGCAGAACAUCUCCGAGUACGCGCUGAUGAUCGUCAUGAUGUUUCUAGGCGGGUUCAUGUGGGCCUACAUCAUCGGCGCCGUCUGCGCCAUCACGUCGACGCUCGACAUCAAGAAGAUCGAGCACCAGCAGCUCUACGACCAGAUCAACAACAUGCUCGUGGACCUCGCGAUCACGCGGCCCGUCGCCGCGUCCGUGCGGUCGUUCCUCUUCCAGACGGAGGAGAUGGAGCGGCGCAUCGGCUACAGCGACCUCAUCGAGUUCCUGAGCCCGGAGCUCCAGGGCGUGCUCUGCGAGGAGAUCUCGGCGAAGCGGCUCACGGCGAUCAAGUACUUCCAGCACCGGUCGUCGAACUUCCGGCUCGCGCUCUUCAAGCGCAUGACGCGGCGCCUCUUCUGCCCCCAGGAGCUCAUCUACGAGGACCGGCUGCUCAUCAUCGCGAACCAGGGCGUCAUCGGCUCCGACGGCCGCAUCUACACGUCGGGCAUGGCGCUGAACUUGGACUUCUUCCUCGUCGGCGAGCUCCGCCUCGUGCUCAUGAUGCGCGCGCUCAACUACGUCGAGGUCGAGCGCCUCGCCAAGGAGAAUUUGUUCGAGAUCCUGCGCGACUUCCCCGAGGAGCGCAUGCCCGUCAUGUGGGCGCGCGUCUUCAGCGCCCUCAUCCGCAAGGUGAAGCAGAUGAAGGUCCAGCACAAGCGGCCGUCGCGCCUCGCGCGCGGCCCGUCGACGACGUCGCUCCUCUUCAACACGGGCGACCUCGUCGAGUGCUACCAGGCCGUGUCGUCGGACCCCCACAAGCUCAAGGACGUGUCCGACGCCAUGAAGGACACGCAGCCCCUCUGCGAGAUCGCCGUCGGCGAGGACGCCGCGGCGUUCCAGUACGCGAGCCCGCGGCUCCGCGCGGACGCCCACUUCGUCGACUACGCCGUGCUCCACGCCGGGCCCGACGCGUGGAAGACGGCGGUCCUCCCCCACGUCGAGGAGCCCCUCAAGACGCUCCUCACGCGCAUCUCCGCGUCCGCCAAGGUCUUCUACGAGAACGACCCCGGCGCCGCGGGCUCGCUCUGCGCCUGCUAG